UCAAGCAGCUGCUUCCCCUGCGGUGGCCAUAUUUGUUGAUGUGUCACCUCGGAGCUACUGGAGAAGGCGUAUCGAGAAUAAAAAGUGGUCAUUUUUUCAUCGGCUGUCAUAAAUACAUUAGCAAUCGAGAUGCAUUUAUCAUAAACAGGGGCUGACCCGCGGUAGAGAAUGGAGACAUCCCAUUGCCUGAGCAACGACCUUGUAGGCCCUAGCCCACAGGAGGGCUGUGAACAGGGCACCGGGGAGCCCUACAGUGGGGCCCAAACAGAGCCGGGGCAGGGCCCGGAGGUGGACGGUCUCAGGGGGGAGAGUGGCACAAAACGAAAUGGCGAAGGGUCUGGCAGGGAGGUACAAGACGGGGAGGAGCCUGGCACUGAGAAGGAACAGAGUGCGGAGAACACUGACAGAUCUGCUGCCCCCAAGGGUGCGGCUGCUACUGACACCGGGCGGGGCUGUACAAACGAUGGGGCACAGUCACCUGGCCUGACUGACACUGCCUCUGAAGGUGAAGGGAUGCCUACUGUUGAGGGUGCUAAGGAUCCGGCUGUGGUUCCAGAUGGGGCAACAGAAACCUCAGGUCAUCAGGUCCUGCCGACUGACUCCACCCCGGCCACGACCACAGACUCCACCCAAAACCUGCCCACUGGCUCAACCCAAAAUCUGUCCACAGACUCAACCCAAACCCUUCCCAAAGACUCAACCAAAACUCUGCCCACAGACUCCACUCAGACCACACCCACUGACUCAACCCAAACCCUGCCCACAGACUCAACUCAAAACCUACCCACAGAUUCAACCCAAAACCAGCCCACAAACUCCACUCAGAUCACGCCCACAAGUAGCACGAAGUCAGCUGACACCCAUCUCCCUCAGUCAGCACUGGUUUUGGAAGAACCUGGGAGCUGUGGGGAGGCAGAAGGGAACGGGGGCGUCGUUCCGGCCAACUCUCGGGGUCCGGAACCCCUGGGUGGACCGAACCCGUACGACACGGACUGCAGUCGGAAGCUAAUCUCAGAGAUCCAGCGCACGCUAUCCCAUGAGUCCCUUCUGGACGAGCUGGAGUCGGAGCUCAUGUCCUGCCAGAUCGCAGACGUGGGCAGGAAGAAGAGCUCAAGCCCCCCCAACGGCCUGCGCAACGAUGUGGGCUCUGUGACCAUGUUCGAAAAGUGUGUCCAGUACAAAUACACACAGCAGGAGAAGGCCAUUCAAAGGCUAUUGGAUGAAAACCGAAGGCACCAGGAGCUGAUCCUGGGAAUCUGCUCUGAAAAGGACACCAUGAAGGAGGAGCUAAAGAAGAGGGCAGAGUUAGAGAAGCAGCACCUGAUGACCAUCAAGAAGUUUGAGUCUCGGGUGGAGGAGCUGAGGAAGGAGUUGCAGGCCUCCAAGGACAGGCUGGCGUUCCAGGACAAUGCCGCCAAGAGCGCCCUCCAGCAGAUGCAGAGGGAGAUGGCCUACCGUCUGGAGCAGGCCAACAGGAAGUGUGAGGAGGCCCGGCAGGAAAAGGAGGCGAUGGUGAUGAAGUACGUGCGGGGGGAGAAGGAGGCGCUGGACCUGCGCAGGGAGAAGGAGCAGCUUGAGCGGAGGCUGCGGGAGGCCAGCAGGGAGGCGGAGAAACAGGUAGCCCGUGGCAACUCGCUGACCCAGGAGAAGGUUCGUCUGCAGCAGCUCCAUGAAGCCAAGGAGGGCGAGGUGACACGGCUGGCACGGGAUGUGGAGAAGCUGAAGGAGGAGGUGAACUCCCAGGCCAUCAAAGUCAAAUGGGCCCAGAACAAGUUAAAGAGCGAAACAGAUGCCCACAAGGAAACCAAGGACAAGCUGAGGGAGACGACCACCAGGCUCACACAGGCCAAAGAGGAGGCCGAGCAGAUCCGCAAGAACUGCCAGGACAUGAUCAAGACCUACCAGGAGUCUGAGGAGAUUAAGUCUAAUGAGCUGGAUGCGAAGCUCCGUGAGACCAAAGGCGAGCUGGAAAAACAAAGACAGGAGCAGACUGAUCAGCUGGAGGUGCAUCGAGCAAAGAUUAAAGAGCUGGAGGAUCUGAAGAGGACCUUCAAGGAGGGCGUGGAUGAGUUGGAGACUCUGAGAACCAAGGUGAAGUGUUUGGAGGAUGAGAGGCCCAGAACUGAGGAGGAGCUCUGUAAAUACAGAGAAAUCAUUAACCGCCAAAAGGCCGAGAUCCACAGCCAGAGAGAGAAGCUGAGUGCCAUCCGGAGUCUGGAGGAGCAGAGGCUGAGAGACGAGCAGGAGAUGGCCUCCCUGAGGGGGGAGGUGGAGAGCCUGAACGCGCAGGCCGCGGACCUGCAGAAGGACAUCCUGGGGAGCCGGGCGCGGGAGGCAGAGCUCCUGGGAUUCACCGAGAAGCUGAGCAGCAAGAACGCGCACCUGCAGUCCGAGAGCAACGGGCUGCAGGCGCAGCUGGAUAGGGCCACGGCCGCCGCCCGCGACCUGGAGGCGCGGCUGCAGGAGAGGGAGAGGGCCGCGGCGGAGCUGACGGGGCGGCUGCAGGCGGAGCAGCAGCACAGGCAGGAGGACGUGCAGAUGCUGCAGACUGAGAGGGCUGCGUUGCAGGCAGAAUCUGCUCAGCUGAAGACACGCGUCGAGGAGCUGAGAGACGAGCUGGCCACUCAGAAGAGGAAACAGGCCGCCAACAUCAAGGACCUGACAAAACAGCUGAUCCAAGCUCGUAAGAAGCUGGACCAGGUUGAAAAUGGGAGCUGUGACAGAGAGGCCAGCAGCAUGGGCAGCCGUUCCAGCUCCUCCGGUUCUCUGAACGCGCGCGGCAGCAGCACGGACGACCGCUCCCCGGAGAACAACUCGGGCCCGUCGGUGGUGGUGGUGGACAGCUUCCCCGAGGUGGACAAGGCCGUGCUGGUGGAGCGCAUCGUGCGGCUCCAGAAGGCCCACGCCCGCAAGAACGAGAAGAUCGAGUUCCUGGAGGACCACAUCAAGCAGCUGGUGGAGGAGAUCAGGAGAAAGACCAAGAUUAUUCAGAGCUACGUGCUGAGAGAGGAGUCGGGGGCGCUGUCGUCUGAGGCUUCUGACUUUAAUAAGGCUAACCUGAGUAGGAGGGGGGGCAUAAUGGCGUCUCUGUACACCUCUCACCCUGCCGAUAGUGGCCUGACUCUCGACCUGUCACUGGAGAUAAACAGGAAACUGCAGGCCCUGCUGGAGGACACGCUGCUCAAGAACAUCACCCUCAAGGAGAAUCUGCAGACGCUGGGUGCUGAGAUCGAGAGACUCAUUAAACAGCAGCAGGAGCUGGAGGAGAGAUUGAGACGAAAAUGAGCUGCAGCUUCAGGCACAUCGAUGGGAGAGAGGACCAAGGAGGAGGGGUCAAAAUCAUGUCCCGCCCCUUUACACCUCAGACAUGGGCAGAAGAAGGAGUUAAGCCUCCAGUACAGCACUAUCACUCACACACACACACACAUGCACACGUACACAUACACACAUGCACACGUACAUGGACACGCACGCGCAUACACACACACAUGGCCCUGUUUGAGGGUCCCCAUGGGAAGCCUCCCGGAGACGACAGACAUGGAGUACAGCGUCUCCUCUCGUCAUCUUAUCUCCUCUUGUCCUUUUUUCACUCCUCUUCCUUCUGUUUUUCUUCCUCUAGUUACUCCCUGCUCAUGAUUCUAUCCCCUCUCUCUCUCUCUCUCUCCCUCCUUUUCUCCCUUUCUCUCUUGCAAGUGUGAUGCUGUGGUUUCUCUUCUCCUCCCUUUUUCUGUCAGUCAUAAGUGGCCAAAUUAAGAGUGUACCUGUGCUCACAUCUACCCAUCAUAUCAGUCCUGUUUAAAUCACCUUUUAAGUUAUUAUUAUUUUUAUUAUUAUUAUUAUUAUUAUUAAAUGAUGGUACUCUGAACUCAUCCAUCUGGAAUGAAUAUAAUAAUUAAAUUAACAGACUUCUCUCUAUGGACUGACUCCCUGACUAAGAUGAGAUACUGUAACACUGCAGGGGAACAGACUACAGCUGUUCAGUGUAUUCCGACUUCCAUAAUCAUGUUUCUCAUUGUACUCGUGCCAAUGUUGAAUGUACUUCUGAAUUGGGGGGCGGGGGGGGGAAUGCACAUUGUGCAUUAUUUAAAAAAAACAAGAUAUUCUCCUACUCAAUUCAGAAUACUUGUAUCUUCCAAAUGACUCUGCAUGGUAGUACUGCAAUACAAAGCCAAAAGAUCCCUGCAAUGGUUUCAGUAUUAACAGUUAUUGUGCUCUCCUAUUAAGCUACUAAGACAGGACAUUUGCAUAGAGAGUGUGGCCCUUUAAGAUACAUUAUCUAGGGCUGGACUAGUUUCUUUCUCAGCUCAGUUGACCUGAUUGUGAUCAAAUGAGAAUCAUGUUUUGAUUUGUUGUUCUGGAAAAUGGAUAGUCCGAGAUUGUUCAGUCCUGCUGGACUGCGCCGUUGCUAUGUCGCGCUAGACCGCUGCAUUCCGUCGCCCUUUCUCCCUUCCGUUUGUUCACAGCGCUGUCCCGUAAUGUUGUCGCUGGCAUUGGGAUUCAAUUAAUCGUAGGUCCAGAUGAAGGCCAGCUAUAAAUGUGUCGGGCAAAAGUGCAAUUCCUGUAGGUCAGCCCUGUCGGGUCCUCCUCGGGGAGGCUGAUGAAGAGUAGCGCUCGCGGGUAACAGGCUAACGGCAUCGUACGUUUAGCCGUCAGAAUGCGCGGUGUUCGCUAGCGGUGGGAAAAGAGAAAGCAUAUCUGGAGAAGGUGCGUUUUGAAGUCCCGUUUUCCCUGCAGGACACCGGGGUGACCCGGUGUCUGGGCUGUGCCGUUCCUCCCGCUUGUGUCUGGGUCAGCGCGUGCGUUUAUCGCUCCUGGGCGUUCCAUACACCUCUGCACAGCUGAAUCUAGCGUUUGGUGCAGGGGCACUUUUUCUGCCCAGUCUGUACAAAUGUUGCAUAAAUAUGCUCUAGCUACGUCACAGGAAUGUUAGAUGUUAUGCACAACCAGAUGAGGAAAUGCACUGAGAAUUUUUAUUUUUAUUAUUAUUUUAUUCUAUUUUUUUUGGCGGAGCAAAAAUUUAAUAUUACUUUGUCAUGCCAUUAAUUUAGUUACCCCAUACCUUCUUUUAAAGAAGUUCAUUUCAUUGUGUACCUUUAUAUGUGUGAUCUAAUUGCUGGAAAUAUUCCUGCCUUCAUACACUAAAUUUGCACUAUGUAUUCCAUAACUACAAUUAAGUGUGAAAACUGUGUGAUUUUAAGAAGAUGUGUUGUGUUGAAACUGACAGUGCGCUGGGUAAACCAUCACCAUUGUGUCGGGAUUUUUUCUGCUAACUCGAGAGCACUGACCUGUUCACUCCCCUGAGGGUGGAAAUGGGAGGGGAGAGGGAGGGGUUUUAAGGGCUUCGAGGAAUCCUAACGGGGGGAACAGCUGAAAUGACAUAGAACCGAAAAUAAAAUGAGCCCGGAAUGGCCACGUUCUUUCUGUGUUGAGGUGCACCUUAAUCUGAUACACAACGGGGGCAGUUGGCACCCUGAUCCUAAAACGCAUGUAAUAUUAAUUAUCUGUCCUCACCCGUCCUUAGCGAAAUCCCCUGCAUUGAUUUUCCGGGGGUCCGUUCUCAAAGCCUUGGUGAAGUUUGUCACAACGUAGAAUGUUCUGGAUUCCCUGCCUUAGAUGCACUUCAGAGCCUUAGAGACUCUACUGACCCUGGGACACAGAGGCAUUUUCCCUGUGAAGGACGCUGUUUGGUAUGUAUGCUCUGCAGCUCCAUAUGAGCGUUUACCCUCCUGAGCCGUGACCGCGCGUGUCGCACAGUUUGUGAUGCUGCGUCAAAGAAAGCGCGUGGACUGUUGUGUCGUAGCGAAUGCCGCACGCGUCUCGUGUCGUUCGUUGCCGUGGUUUACCGUGACGAAACUGAAGUCCACGGAGAGCUGCGCGCAUUCUCACGGCUUCGCCGCAACGUCGUCUCGUCAGCGGAAUAUCGCCGUGGCGUUGGGGGAACCUGCUCCCCCUGUGUUGCGGCCUCACCUCAGAGCAGACGUCCAAUGUGAAGUUUAAUAUGCAGCUCCUCAAGAUCACGACACUUCCCAAUACAAUCAGGAGAAUGAAGACUUUUUUUUCUGAAGACUGUGUAUAUUUUAUUGUAAUCAUUCAAAUGUUGUUUUUUUUUUUCCAUCUAUCCGAUAUGUUCUGUUCAUUGAAAUGUCGAACUGUGAUUAUAAAUUUGUACAUAAAAACAUUCUGUAAAAUGUUAAAUCAUUUUUAAAGAUUCUGUAUCCUUUCUGUAUAUAUAGGCAGUUACAGGGAAUAAAAAACGUAAAUCUGAAA